CCGCAACAACAACAACAACAACAACAACAACAACAACAACAACAACAACAACAACAACAACAACAACAACAACAACAACAACAACAACAACAACAACAACAACAACAACAACAACAACAACAACAACAACAACAACAACAACAACAACAACAACAACAACAACAACAACAACAACAACAACAACAACAACAACAACAACAACAACAACAACAACAACAACAACAACAACAACAACAACAACAACAACAACAACAACAACAACAACAACAACAACAACAACAACAACAACAACAACAACAACAACAACAACAACAACAACAACAACAACAACAACAACAACAACAACAACAACAACAACAACAACAACAACAACAACAACAACAACAACAACAACAACAACAACAACAACAACAACAACAACAACAACAACAACAACAACAACAACAACAACAACAACAACAACAACAACAGCAGCAACAACAACAACAACAACAACAACAACAACAACAACAACAACAACAACAACAACAACAACAACAACAACAACAACAAUUUCUCUUAUUGGCGAUGGUGCCAUCGUGAGAAUAAAGAAUUCAAAAACA